GGCAAUAUGGAGGCGAUGUAAGUUCUGAGCGUUAGUCCCAAGGUCCCAGGGUCCCAGGGAGCGGCGCGAGUGGCCAGGGAAGGUAUCUGUCCCGGGAGACCCUAUCCUUCGGGAAAUCGUGGCCAGAGGUCCCCUCCAUGCCCUUCAGAGAGCCCCAUGGGACUGAGUCUUGGGCGAGAUCAAUCAGACUAAGGAUCCCGAAGAGAAAGAAGAAACAGCUCUAAGUGUAUUUUGUCCCCGUUUGUUUCAUCUGUUUCUUUCUCCCUCGACUCCAUACGACGACCUGCCACUUUUUCUAGUGGUCAUCUUGGAGAUUUUUAGAUCAGCAAUUAGGCAAAUAAAGGAAGCUCAUGAUAUAUAUUUUUUAAAGUCCUCGAAAUUGGAAACUUCAAUUUAAAACAAAACAAAUCCAAAACAAAACAAAAAACCUCGCUUGCCCAGUCUCUUCACAACGACUGCAGAUGUGUGAGUCUUUUGGAAGAAUAGUGCAGGCUAGUGGGAAAGUUAUGGUUGUUAAUUACUAUAACAUGGGUUUGUUUAGUGCUUUUUCAAAUCCUCUGUUUCAUUCGAGCUGCACACCAACUUUGUGAAAUCGUCAGGAUAACCCACAUUUUACAGGCGAGGAGGCUGAGGCUCCGGGAGAUGGAGAAAUUUGCCUAUCCCCGUAGAGUCUGAGAAGAUUCUGGCACCCAGCGUCCCUUGCCCUGGGACCACUUCCCUAGCCCUAUGACCUGUGUUGGACCAGCUUUCUACCCCAUCAUCUCUCAUCUCUUCCAUGCACUCUCUGGAAUAGUUUCAUGUGUUGAGUGGAGACUUUUUCAGAGCUCUGAGGCAGGAGCUGUCUGUACAGUCCCCUGAGCUUACAUUUCUUUGAUUUCAUCUGAACGUGCAGUUCACAAUUGGAGGCAAGAGUGUUCAGAAGAAACAAGCAGAGAGUAAAAGCCAGAUAAAGCUCCAUACUCAGAGUGCUCCCUUUGGACUGUGUCCCAAGGGCCUGAUGCUCACCCAGGCUCCAAGCUCCAUCGUGAGGUCCAGGAACAGCAGGAACCACACCAUGAACUCUGGUGGAUCCUGCCUGAGUGCCAGCACAGUGGCCAUCCCUGCCAUCAACGACAGCAGUGCAGCCAUGAGUGCCUGCAGCACCAUCAGCGCCCAGCCUGCAAGCUCCAUGGACACUCAGAUGCACUCCCCAAAGAAGCAGGAGAGAGUGAACAAGAGGGUCAUCUGGGGCAUUGAGGUGGCUGAGGAGCUGCAUUGGAAAGGCUGGGAGCUAGGAAAGGAGACCACAAGGAAUCUGGUUCUGAAAAAUCGAUCCUUGAAACUCCAGAAGAUGAAGUACAGGCCCCCCAAGACCAAGUUCUUCUUCACGGUCAUCCCUCAGCCCAUCUUCCUGAGCCCAGGCAUAACCCUCACGCUCCCCAUCGUCUUCCGGCCUCUGGAGGCGAAGGAGUACAUGGACCAGCUGUGGUUUGAGAAAGCGGAGGGGAUGUUCUGUGUGGGCCUACGGGCCACCCUGCCCUGCCACAGGCUGAUCUGCCGCCCACCAUCCCUGCAGCUGCCAACGUGUGCUGUGGGAGAUACGACUGAGGCCUUGUUCUGCCUGGAUAAUGUGGGGGACCUGCCCACCUUCUUCACCUGGGAGUUCUCCAGCCCAUUCCAGAUGCUGCCCGCCACGGGGCUCCUGGAGCCAGGCCAGGCCUCUCAGAUCAAGGUGACCUUUCAGCCCCUUACAGCCGUCAUCUACGAGGUGCAGGCCACGUGCUGGUACGGGGCAGGCAGCCGGCAGAGGAGCAGCAUCCAGCUGCAGGCUGUGGCCAAGUGCGCCCAGCUGCUGGUGAGCAUAAAGCACAAGUGCCCGGAGGACCAGGAUGCCGAGGGCUUCCAGAAGCUGUUGUACUUUGGCUCUGUUGCUGUGGGCUGCACCUUGGAGAGGCAGAUCAGGCUACACAACCCGUCGGCGGUAAAUGCCCCCUUCAGGAUUGAAAUUUCCUCAGAUGAACUGGCCGAAGACCAGGCCUUCUCAUGCCCCACGGCCCAUGGCAUCGUGCUUCCGGGAGAGAAGAAAUGUGUGUCAGUGUUCUUCCACCCCAAGACUCUGGACACCAGAACUGUGGACUACUGCUCCAUCAUGCCUUCUGGCUGUGCCUCCAAGACCCUGCUUAAAGUCGUUGGUUUCUGUAGAGGCCCUGCCGUGUCCCUGCAGCACUACUGUGUCAACUUUAGCUGGGUCAACCUUGGGGAGCGCUCCGAGCAGCCCCUGUGGAUUGAGAACCAAUCAGACUGCACGGCCCACUUCCAGUUUGCCAUCGACUGCUUGGAGAGUGUCUUUAGCAUCAGGCCUGCCUUUGGGACCCUGGUGGGCAAGGCCCGUAUGACCCUCCACUGUGCCUUCCAGCCCACUCACCCCAUCAUCUGCUUUCGGCGUGUGGCCUGUCUUAUCCACCACCAGGACCCGCUGUUCCUGGACCUGAUGGGGACCUGCCACUCGGACAGCACCAAGCCAGCCAUCCUGAAGCCUCAGCACCUCACCUGGUACCGCACACACCUGGCCCGGGGCCUGACGCUCUACCCCCCUGACAUCCUGGAUGCCAUGCUGAAGGAGAAGAAGCUGGCACAGGACCAGAACGGGGCUCUCAUGAUUCCCAUCCAGGAUCUGGAGGACAUGCCAGCCCCGCAGUACCCUUAUAUCCCUCCCAUGACCGAGUUCUUCUUCGACGGCACCAGCGACAUAACCAUCUUCCCCCCGCCCGUCAGUAUAGAGCCUGUCGAGGUAGACUUCGGUGCCUGCCCAGGGCCUGAGGCCCCCAACCCUGUACCCCUGUGCCUGAUGAACCACACCAAGGGCAAGAUCAUGGUGGUCUGGACGCGAAGGUCUGACUGCCCCUUCUGGGUGACUCCAGAGAGCUGCGACGUGCCCCCACUCAAGUCCAUGGCCAUGCGCCUGCACUUCCAGCCGCCUCACCCCAACUGCCUUUACGCGGUGGAGCUCGAAGCCUUCGCCAUCUAUAAGGUCCUGCAGAGCUACAGUAAUAUUGAGGAGGACUGCACCAUGUGCCCAUCCUGGUGCCUGACGGUGCGGGCACGAGGCCACAGCUAUUUCGCUGGCUUUGAGCACCACAUCCCCCAGUAUUCCCUAGAUGUCCCCAAGCUAUUUCCAGCAGUGUCCUCCGGUGAGCCCACCUACCGCAGCCUGCUCCUGGUCAACAAAGACUGCAUGCUGCUGACCUUCAGCCUGGCCCCCCAGAGAGGCUCAGACGUCAUCCUUCGGCCCACUUCGGGCCUUGUGGCACCCGGGGCCCACCAGAUCAUCCUCAUCUGCACCUACCCUGAGGGCAGCUCCUGGAAGCAGCACACUUUCUAUCUGCAGUGCAAUGCUUCCCCCCAGUAUCUCAAGGAGGUGAGCAUGUACAGCCGGGAGGAGCCACUGCAGCUGAAGCUGGACACCCACAAAAGCCUCUACUUCAAGCCCACCUGGGUGGGCUGCUCCUCCACCAGCCCCUUCACCUUCUGCAACCCCUCGCGUCUGCCCCUGCAGUUCGAGUGGAGGGUCUCUGAGCAGCAUCGAAAGCUGCUGGCUGUCCAGCCCUCCAGGGGGCUAAUCCAGCCCAACGAGAGACUUACGCUGACGUGGACCUUCAGCCCUUUGGAGGAGACCAAGUACCUGUUCCAAGUGGGGAUGUGGGUCUGGGAAGCCGGCCUGUCUCCAAAUGCCAACCCCGCUGCCACCACCCACUACAUGCUCCGGCUGGUGGGCGUGGGGCUCACCAGCAGCCUCUCUGCAAAGGAAAAGGAGCUGGCCUUUGGGAAUGUGCUGGUGAACAGCAAGCAGUCCAGGUUCCUUGUCCUCCUGAAUGACGGCAACUGCACCCUCUAUUACCGCCUCUACCUGGAGCAGCGCAGCCCUGAGGCCGUUGACAACCACCCCCUCGCUCUGCAGCUGGACCGAACAGAGGGGAGCAUGCCACCCCGGUCCCAGGACACCAUCUGCCUGACUGCCUGUCCCAAGCACCGGUCCCAGUACUCCUGGACCAUCAGCUACUCUCUCCUUUCCCGCAGAGAUAACAAGGCUGGGGAGAAGCAGGAGCUGUGCUGCGUCUCCCUGGUGGCCGUGUACCCCUUGCUUUCCAUCCUGGAUGUCAGCUCCAUGGGCAGUGCUGAGGGUAUCACCCGGAAGCACCUGUGGCGCCUCUUCUCUCUGGACCUGCUUAACAGUUACUUGGAGCGUGACCCCACCCCCUGUGAGCUCACCUACAAGGUGCCCACCCGGCACAGCAUGAGCCAGAUCCCCCCCGUCCUCACCCCUUUAAGGCUUGACUUCAAUUUCGGGGCCGCACCAUUCAAGGCCCCACCUUCUGUGGUAUUCCUGGCCCUGAAGAACAGCGGAGUGGUGUCCCUGGACUGGGCCUUCCUCUUUCCAAGUGACCAGCGGAUUGAUGUGGAGCUCUGGGCAGAGCAAGCAGAGUUGAAUUCCACUGAGCUCCACCAGAUGCGCGUGCAGGACAAUUGCCUCUUCUCCAUCAGCCCCAAGGCUGGGAGCCUGAGUCCCGGGCAGGAGCAGAUGGUGGAGUUAAAAUACAGCCACCUGUUCAUCGGUACUGAUCACCUCCCAGUGCUCUUCAAGGUGUCCCAUGGCCGGGAGAUCCUGAUUUAUGAGCUGUAUAAUGGUGGCUCAGUGCCCGUGACAUAUGAGGUCCAGACCGAUGUCCUGUCACAGGUUCAGGAAAAAAAUUUUGAUCACCCCAUCUUUUGCUGCCUCAACCCCAAAGGGGAGAUCCAGCCAGGCAGCACUGCACGGGUCUUGUGGAUCUUCUCACCUAUCGAGGCCAAGACCUACACGGUGGACGUGCCCAUACACAUCCUGGGAUGGAACUCGGCCCUCAUCCACUUCCAGGGAGUGGGCUACGACCCCCAUAUGAUGGGGGACACAGCCCCAUUCCACAACAUCUCCUCGUGGGACAACAGUUCCAUACACUCUAGGCUGGUGGUGCCUGGACAGAAUGUCUUCCUGUCCCAGUCUCAUAUUUCCCUGGGAAACAUACCUGUGCAGAGCAAGUGCAGCCACCUGCUCUUCCUCAACAACAUCUCCAAGAACGAGGAAAUUGCCUUCUCCUGGCAGCCAAGUCCUCUAGAUUUUGGGGAGGUGUCUGUGAGUCCCAUGAUAGGGGUGGUGGCUCCUGAAGAGACGGUCCCAUUUGUGGUGACCUUGAGGGCCUCUGUGCAUGCCAGCUUCUACAGUGCAGACCUGGUAUGCAAGCUGUACUCGCAGCAGCUCAUGAGGCAGUAUCACAAGGAGCUGCAGGAGUGGAAGGACGAGAAGGCGCGGCAGGAAGUGGAGUUCACCAUCACCGACAGGAAAGUGAAGAAGAGAACAUGCUGCACAGCCUGUGAACCUGCGAGGAAGUACAAGACACUGCCUCCCAUCAAGAACCAGCAGUCUGUCAGCCGGCCUGCCAGCUGGAAACUGCAGACCCCAAAGGAGGAGGUGUCCUGGCCCUGCCCCCAGCCACCCUCGCCAGGCAUGCUCUGCCUGGGCCUUACCGCCCGAGCCCAUGCCACCGACUACUUUCUGGCUAACUUCUUCUCAGAGUUUCCCUGCCACUUUUUGCACCGGGAGCUGCCAAAGAGGAAGGCCCCCAGGGAAGAGUCAGAGACUUCUGAGGAAAAAUCCCCUAACAAGUGGGGCCCUGUUUCCAAGCAGAAGAAGCAGCUCCUGGUUGACAUUCUCACCACCAUAAUCAGGGGCCUGCUGGAAGACAAGAACUUCCAUGAGGCUGUGGACCAAAGCCUGGGGGAGCAGGUGCCGUACUUCCGCCAAUUCUGGAAUGGGCAGUCAACUAAGUUCAUGGACCAGAAAAACAGCCUGUACUUAAUGCCAAUCCUGCCUGUACCCUCCAGCAGCUGGGAGGAUGGGAAGGGCAAGCAGCCGAAGGAAGACAGACCAGAGCACUAUCCAGGGUUGGGAAAGAAGGAAGAGGGGGAGGAGGAGAAGGGUGAAGAGGAGGAAGAAGAGUUGGAGGAGGAAGAGGAGGAAGAAGAGGAGACAGAAGAGGAGGAGCUGGGCAAGGAGGAGAUAGAGGAGAAGGAGGAGGAGAGGGAUGAGAAGGAAGAGAAAGUGAGCUGGGCGGGCAUCGGGCCCACACCACAGCCUGAGUCCCAGGAGUCCAUGCAAUGGCAGUGGCAACAGCAGCUGAAAGUCAUGGUGAAGGAGGAGCAAGAACAGGAUGAGAAGGAGGCCAUCAGAAGGCUCCCCGCCUUCGCCAACCUGCAGGAGGCGCUGCUGGAGAACAUGAUCCAGAACAUCCUGGUGGAGGCGAGCCGCGGGGAGGUGGUACUCACCUCGCGGCCACGCGUCAUCGCCCUGCCCCCGUUCUGCGUGCCCAGGAGUCUGACCCCGGACACGCUGCUGCCGACGCAGCAAGCAGAGGUACUCCACCCGGUGGUGCCACUUCCUACCGACCUUCCGUAAAUGCCCGCGCCCAGCCUCUCCGACAUGCCGCCCUAGGUCAAGCCUGGCCCCCUCUCCACCGCCAGUAAAAGCAUCUAGUCUUUUUUCUAUA